AUGGCACCAAAGAAGGAGGUGAAGAAACCUGCUGCCGCCCCAGCCCCAGCCCCUGCCCCGGCCCCUGCGCCUGCACCUGCGCCCGCCCCGGCCAAACCCAAAGAAGAAAAAAUUGACCUCUCUGCCAUUAAGAUCGAGUUCUCUAAGGAACAGCAGGAUGAAUUCAAGGAGGCAUUUCUCCUGUUUGACAGAACAGGAGAUUCUAAGAUCACCUUAAGCCAGGUCGGUGAUGUCCUUCGGGCUCUGGGCACAAAUCCUACCAAUGCAGAAGUCAAGAAGGUUCUGGGAAACCCCAGCAAUGAAGAGAUGAAUGCCAAGAAAAUUGAGUUUGAACAAUUUCUGCCCAUGAUGCAAGCUAUUUCCAACAACAAGGACCAGGGCACAUAUGAAGACUUUGUUGAGGGCCUGCGUGUCUUUGACAAGGAAGGCAAUGGCACAGUCAUGGGUGCUGAACUCCGUCAUGUUCUAGCCACAUUGGGUGAAAAAAUGAAAGAGGAAGAAGUGGAAGCCUUGAUGGCAGGUCAAGAAGACUCCAAUGGCUGCAUCAACUACGAAGCUUUUGUCAAGCAUAUCAUGUCUAAUUAAAUGGAGCUGUCAAGAUCAAGCAUUUUUAGGACAACUGGCUGGAAACUUAUUGCAAUAACACUCAUGACUCACUGCUCAGAUCUGUGUACCAUCAUUCAGGAAACAAAACAAUGUGGACUGUUCUAGACUGAAGGACUCCCUGAAUUUUUGUAUACUUCACGUUCCUCUAUGAAUUGUAUUCAUACCAUACAAGCCAAGUGUCUUCUGCUCUAGACAAGAAGGAUAAAAUACAACCUCAAAUUCAAGCACCACUCUUUAUUUUUUACCAUGGGUCACUGAACAUCCUUAAAAACUAAAUCAAUAAAUAAUUCUGGUCAGUC